UUUGCAUCAGCAGCACCAUGCUCCAGUGCUCUGGGAGACUUUAUAGUCCUGAGAGUUGAACACUGGAGGACUGACAGCUGUCCUCCAUGACAACAGAAGACACAGAAAUCCUCCUCAUCAGAAACAUGACUCGGACCUCCGUCCUCAUCUGGACUCUCCUCUGCUGCUGCUUCUCAGAGUCCAGAGGUCAGGUCACAGUGACUCAGCCUGGAGCAGUGAGCUCUGCUCGGGGAGCCUCCGUCUCCAUCAGCUGUAAGGUCAACCCAGAAAUUCCUGUAGGGGAUUCAAGUUUUGGUUCGAAUAAAGGGAAACACGUUUUGCACUGGUACCAACAUAGAGAUGGAGAAGCUCCUAAACCACUCAUUUACUUUGUUAAUGUACGAGCAUCAGGGAUUUCAGAUCGUUUUUCAGGCAGUGGAUCAAACUCUGACUUCACGUUGACCAUCAGUGGAGUUGAGGCUGAAGAUGCAGCAGUUUAUUACUGUCAGAGUAAACAUUACAUCAACAGUCAGCUGUGGUACACGUUCGGUGGAGGAACCAGACUGGAACUUGGCUGUGAUGUGCGCCCCACCCUGACGGUGCUGCCCCCCUCCAGAGAAGAGCUGCAGCAGGGGAAGGCCACGCUCAUGUGCCUGGCCAACAAGGGCUUCCCCUCAGACUGGAGUCUGGCCUGGAAGGUGGACGGCAGCAGCAGCAGCAGCAGCAGCAGCUGGGAGGAGAGCAGGAGCCCCGGGGUGCUGGAGGACGGCCACUACAGCUGGAGCAGCACCCUGAGGCUCCCUGCAGACCAGUGGAGGAAGGUGGGCUCUGUGACCUGUGAGGCCACCCAGGGCUCCCAGACUCCGCUCUCAGAGACACUGAGGAGAGACCAGUGUUCCCAGUCCUGAGCUGACUCCCUGGCAGGGACUCUGCUACUGGUUUUACUCUGACACUGCUCUCACUCUGCACUCUGCAACUAGCUCUGGCUUUUAUUUCUCCUCUUUCAAUAGACACAUUUACCAGCUGGCUGCAAUGUCUCAAUAUUAUUUCAGUGUUUCCACAUAAUAAAGACGUAUUCAUCAAAU